AUGAAGCCUAAGAAUCUGGCGAAAAAACUCGGUGUGACAAAGAAAAAACAAGCUAAGUUUGACGCGGCACUCAUCGAAGCGGAACAGGCUGGGGAACUACGGGUCGCUGAAAGUGGUCGCAUCCAGUCCAAGGUUCCUCAAGGCUCUCAUCUCGGAAUCGUGCAUCGAGUUAAAAGCGGUGAUGCCUAUAUCAUUCUUCGCGAACCAAAGCCACUAGGACUCAGCGAAGAUGUCUUCGUUGAUAAGCAUGACCUGAAAGAUGCUCAAAACGGUGAUGAGGUCUUUAUCAAACUUCUGCAGCGACGCAAGAGCCGUGGUCAACGUUGCGGUUACGUCGUUGAGGUCGUCGAGCGAGCGACAAAUGUCUUUGUUGGAACCUAUUUUGAGGAAGAUGAAUCGGGUUGGGUACAGAUCGAUGGGAAAGAAUUUCCCGAGCCAGUCUGGGUUGGCGAUCCUGGUGCAAAAGGGGCUCAGGAAGAAGACAAAGUUGUCAUUGAGAUGCUGCGUUUUCCCGCCGUCGGCCAAAUCGGUGAGGCAGUUCUGACUGAAGUCCUCGGCGCUCGUGGAACUCCUGGUGUUGACACCCAGAUGAUCAUCCACGAAUUCGGCAUUCCAGAUGCCUUUCCACAAGCUGUCCUUGAUGAUGCACGAUUAGAGGCAGAGAACUUUGAUGAAAAUGAUCUGACUGAUCGUGAGGAUCUGACUGGGAAAACGAUUGUCACCAUUGAUCCCAAAACAGCUCGUGAUUUCGAUGAUGCGAUCUCGCUGGAGAGAAUUGAAAAAGGACACUGGGAACUCGGUGUCCACAUCGCCGACGUUUCACACUUCGUGCAACCAGGAACGGAAUUGGAUCGGGAAGCCGAGUUGCGGGGAACGAGUGUCUAUUUACCGACAAAAGUGAUUCCCAUGCUUCCAGAGGUCAUUUCAAAUGGUCUGGCCUCGCUGCAAGAGGGGAAGGUCCGCUUCACGAUGUCGGCCUUUAUCGAAUACACGGCAGAGGGAGUUCCCGUUUCAACGCGAUUUUCACGUUCCGCCAUCCAGGUGAGUCAACGAUUCGCUUAUGAAGAAGUGAUGCCGAUCAUCGAAGCAGAUGAUGCACAGCAGAUUGAAGGUGUGACACCAGAGAUCCGCAAAUUGCUCAAGGAGAUGCAUCACCUGGCGAUGAUCCUCCGCAAGCGACGUUUUGCGAAAGGGGCCUUGGAGCUUGACAUGCCGGAAGUCCGCCUGAGUCUCAAUCCAGACGGAGAAGUGACGGGAGCCUACGAAACCGAACAUGAUGAGAGCCAUCAGGUGAUUGAAGAGUUCAUGCUGGCUGCGAAUAUCGCUGUCGCAGUCAAAUUCAAAGAUGAAGGAAUCGAUUUCCUGCGACGUGUUCACGCCGAUCCUGCGGAAACAAAACUGAAGACGCUGAAACAAUUUGUCGAGGCUCUAGGCUUUGAAUUAGAGCAAUAUCAGAGCAAAAAACAUUUACAGGGAUUGUUGAAUCAGGUUCGAGGGACUCCGCAGGAGCGGGCCGUUAAUUAUGCCUUUUUGCGGAGCCUGAAACAGGCAGAGUAUUCACCCAUCGAGAUGGGACAUUACGCACUCGCGGAGGAUCAAUAUUGUCACUUCACGAGUCCCAUCCGCCGUUAUCCGGAUCUGCACAUUCAUCGCCUCAUGGCAUCACUCGUCUGUGAUAACGUUACUUACCGUACACUCUCUGCAGAAGACCUGAUUCGAUUAGGUCAUCAUUGUUCCAACACCGCGCGUCGUGCUGAGCAGGCAGAGCGAGAGCUGACCAAAAUUAAGCUGCUCUCUCACUUCGCUGAGCGCGUUGGGGAUCAGAUUGAAGCGGUUGUGACCGGUGUCGAACGGUUCGGGCUGUUCUGUCGUGGCCUAGAGAUUCCUGUAGAAGGUCUUGUUCACAUCAGUGUGGUUUCGAGUGAAGACUAUUACGAAUACGACCGAGAGGCGAUGGCCCUCGUCGGCCGCAGAUCAGGCAAAAUGAUCCGCAUGGGAGACCGCGCGACAGUGGAAGUGGUCCACGUCGAUGUUGAUCGUCGCGAACUGAAUUUCAAGAUGAUCACUCAUACAGAGACUGAGGUCCGGCAGGCAAAAAAGAAAGCCACAAAGAAAAAAGGCCAACCUCCUCGAAACAGCAAAGGAGGCAAGCCAAACAGUAAAAGUAACAAGAAGGCCUCAGCCACAAAAAGUAAGAGAAAGCCGAAUCAGCGGAAGAGGAAGCGCAAGUAA